CAGUCCACUGAACACUUCACACACACAUUUAGACACAGCAUCUCUGACAGCACCUCGCCUCACGCUGCAGCAUCGCUUCCUGGCGGAAGGCGUGUGUGUGUGUGUGUGUGUGUGUGUGACGGUCAGCGUGUGUGUGUGUGUGUGUCAGGAUGAGCGGCAGCAGAGUCGUGCUGUGAGCUGUGUGAGUGGAUUCCCUGCGCAUCCCAUCACUGAAAGCUCGGCGUGCUUCAUCUUCCAGCCGCAUGUCUUCUCCACGAUCCAGCAGCAGCAAGAGGAAUUCCUCGGAAGUGGACUCGGAGCACGCUCAGAAGGUUCCAGAGGCAGAGUCAGGACAUCAACAGGUGAAGCUGAAAGACAGGCAGAAGUUCUUCGAGGAGGCAUUUCAGCAAGACAUGGAGCAUUACCUGUCCACCAGCUACCUGCAGAUCGCAGAAAGGAGAGAGCCAAUAGGAAGCAUGUCUUCCAUGGAGGUAAACGUGGACAUGCUCGAGCAGAUGGACCUGAUGGACAUGUCUGACCACGAGGCCCUGGAUGUCUUCCUCAACUCGGGAGCAGAGGACAACAGCGUGGCUUCACCCAUGAUGGACCCGGACGUGGAGUCUUUCGGAUCCGAGAUCACCCUGCAGGUCCCGACACAGGCCGAACUGAGGCACAAACUCGCCUCGCUUUCUUCCACUUGCACCGACUCGGCCAGCCAGGACACCCAGGAAGAGGACGAUGAGGACGAGAGGGGCGGAGUCAGGGACGAGAGGGAGAAGAUCCCACAAGCAGGACGAGAUCAGUCGUCCAAGAACUGUGCGAAUCGUGACUCGUCCACAUAGAUGAACGGAUUUUUAAAACUGUGCUCCACCCUCAGAGUGUGUGUGUGUGUGUGUGUGUGUGUGUGUGUCUUGUGGUAUUUUAUGAUCUCAUGAGGUUUUGUAUUGUACAGAAAUCCCCUGGUAUGUGCCAUGCAGCAUUUAUCUGAUCCUCUUAUUAUAUUAUAUUAUAUUAUCUCCCAUUCCGGCUGAUGAGUCCAUAUAAAGCAGCGCCACCUGCGCUGUCAGUCUGAUUUUCAUGAUUCAUGUUCAUUAUUAAAAAAAAGAAAAGCUGGACUAAACCGGAGCCGAAGCGAUCUAGUGUCCUGUGUGAAAUCGCCCAAGGCACUGAACUGCACCUUUAAACGAUCCUGCUGUGAAAAUGUUGAGGUUGAGUUUGGAGUUAAAUGUGUGAAAUCUGUUGUUUUUUUGUUUUUUUAAAUGGUGCUUCUUUAAGCAGGGUUCAUGAAGCAAAGCUAAAUCCAGGUCCAUGAUUCUCUUAUUUGGUCUCAGUGGUGGAAAUCCUAUCCUGUCCUCAUCGUGGUGGUUCAACGGUUAACAAUUUUUCCCCUCACAGCUCCAGGGUUGCAGGUUGUUUCCCAUCUCUGCCCUGAGUGUGUGAGGUUCUCCCACUGCUUUGUGGGUUUCCUCCAGGAUCUCUGGUUUCUUCUCCCAGUCCAAAGCAAAGUCGUGUAGGUUCUAAAUUGUUUGUAGAGUGUGUGAAAGAUUAAGUCCUACAGUAUGAGGUUUUGCCACUGUAUCCCUGAGUCUCCUGAGAUAGACUCCAGGUUCCCCACAAGCUUGUGCAGGAGAAGUUCUACAGAUUAUCGAUAGAUGGAUGGAUGGAUGGAUGGAUGGAUGGAUGAUUUAUUAUUAAGGUUCUUACUUUAUAGUUAUUACUCCCUUAAUAUUGUUGAAUCCCAACCUCUAAACCUAGUGAACCUAUAAACAUGAACAUGUACCUAAUUAUCCUGUGACGGAGGAUUAAAAACACUCUCGCACCGUGACGUUACUGUGCGUUCGCUUGAAGAACGAGACGGAAGAUAAGCGCCUGCGGUCAGCAGAACCGAUCAGCACACAGAGUCGGACAUAAGACGCGUCUCAUUCCGUACGCCACGGUUCGAAACAGCUCGCGUCGUUCUAGUAGAAAGUCGUUUUUUUUGUCGAAACUUGUUUUGAAGGCAAACAACAAACCUCAGAUUAUGAACACAACUAAUAAUCAUUUCCAUCUCAACUGAUAUAAUAAAUUUCUACGUUAUAUGAGCAUAAAUAUGUGCACCCCAGACCAUGGCACCCAUAUAUGGAUAGUCUCCAAAACACGAUCAACACAACGAUGGAAGCACACAGUUGUAUAGAACAUCUGCAUUCUGUAGAUUAAUGAUUUCUCUUCACUGGAACUAAAAGGUUUAAACUGUUCCAGCGCAACAAAGCUCCCGAGAUCCGUGAUGAAGCAGUGUGUGUGUGUGUGUGUGUGUCCCCCAACCACACACACUGCUCGUGAAGAUACAGUACAAAAUGAUCAUUAAAAAGCGUGUAGUAAGAACACAAUCUCAUCCACCGUGUCGGUAUCGGUCAUGUGACGAUGUCGAUCACACAGACAGCCGCUUGUUUCAUGUUUAAAGCUUGUGAACAAUUUAACUAAAUAUUUUUGAUUCUGAAAGACCUUCCGCUCCAGUCCUGUUGCAUUAUGGGAUAGCACAGUGUGUACUGGGUUCCAUACGGCAGAACCUCGGCUGGAUAUUUCUCACCAACUGAUUUAUAAAAUAUUGAGGAUUCACCUGCUGUCUAGUAGGACAUGUUAAGCUCUGACUCAACACAUAUACAUGUUAUGGCAUUUAGCAGACACCCUUAUCCAGAGUGACUUACAACUGAGCAACUGAGGGUUAAGGGCCUUGCUCAGGGGCCCAGCAUUGGCAGGGGUUCGAACACAUGACCUUCCGAUCAGUAGCCCAACACCUUAACCACUGAGUUACCACAUCCCAACACCACUGGGAGGAAGAACAGAUUAAUAAAACUGCAACAUUUAAACUCCAACCCACUCCAGGACUCGGGGAGACGAACAUUAUAAUAUUCCACAGACAAACCGAAAACUGUCCAUAAGUUUUUAUUAAACCUUGAGUACAAACUUGAAAAUUUAAAAAUAAUAAAAUAAAAAUAAUAAAAAUGGCAUUAUAACAAACAUUUAAUCUUCCCGUGUGUGUAAAAGGCCGAGACGCAGUGCGAAUAAAUUAACUUUGCCAGACGCUGAGCAAAUCUGUCACACAACCUUUCACCAAAAAAUAAACUAAAACAAACAAACAAACAGCAAAACGUGAAUAAAAUACAUAGUAAGGCCAUAAAAACUCGACAACCAUGUUUUUUUAUUCCUGUUGAAAAAAAAAAAAAAAACCUGACUUGGUUUUCAUUAAAUAGUCCUAAAACAGUUCAGUCUUCUGGAACAGACGACAACCA